GUUCUGUGAUAACUCUUACGUAAAGUGUGUGUGAAAUUAUCUUAGUUCUUGAUUUUACGAAAAUUUAUCUUGUUUUUCAAAAAUGUUUUCUACCGUCUGUCGAGCUGGCCGAUUGGCCACAAGGGCGGUAGCAAACAACUCUGCUACUGAUAAAACUCCUUUAGUCAUAGGAACUUUGGUGAGCCAACGAGAUUAUGCUGCAAAAGCUUCACCGAAAGGGCAAGGUAAGGUGGUUGCGGUUAUCGGCGCCGUUGUGGAUGUACAAUUUGAAGACGCGCUUCCACCUAUUCUCAAUGCUCUUGAGGUUCAAAAUCGCUCUCCCCGGCUGGUGCUUGAAGUUGCCCAGCAUUUGGGAGAAAACACCGUUCGUACCAUUGCUAUGGACGGUACUGAAGGCCUGGUCCGUGGUCAGCCCGUGCUCGACUCCGGAUCACCGAUCCGUAUUCCUGUCGGCGCAGAAACUCUUGGCCGCAUCAUUAAUGUCAUCGGCGAACCAAUUGACGAGCGCGGACCCAUACCUACCGACAAAACGGCCGCUAUUCACGCUGAGGCACCAGAAUUCGUAGAAAUGUCUGUCCAACAAGAGAUCUUAGUUACUGGCAUCAAGGUCGUCGACCUUUUGGCUCCCUAUGCUAAAGGAGGUAAAAUUGGGCUAUUUGGUGGUGCUGGAGUAGGUAAAACAGUACUAAUUAUGGAACUUAUCAACAAUGUUGCCAAGGCACAUGGUGGUUACUCGGUAUUUGCAGGAGUUGGAGAACGCACGCGUGAGGGCAAUGACUUGUACCAUGAAAUGAUUGAAUCUGGUGUAAUCUCUUUGAAAGAUAAAACAUCUAAAGUUGCCCUUGUCUAUGGACAGAUGAAUGAACCUCCUGGUGCCCGUGCGCGUGUUGCUCUCACUGGAUUGACUGUAGCUGAGUAUUUCCGUGACCAGGAAGGCCAGGAUGUAUUGCUCUUCAUUGACAACAUUUUCCGUUUCACUCAAGCUGGGUCUGAAGUGUCAGCCUUGUUAGGUCGUAUUCCUUCUGCUGUAGGUUACCAACCUACCCUAGCUACUGACAUGGGUACCAUGCAAGAACGUAUUACUACCACCAAGAAAGGUUCUAUUACUUCUGUUCAAGCUAUUUAUGUGCCAGCUGAUGACUUGACUGAUCCAGCACCUGCCACCACAUUUGCUCACUUGGAUGCCACCACUGUGCUGUCUCGUGCUAUUGCUGAGUUGGGUAUUUAUCCAGCUGUAGACCCAUUGGAUUCCACUUCUCGUAUUAUGGAUCCUAAUAUAAUUGGAGCAGAACACUACAAUGUUGCACGUGGUGUACAGAAGAUUCUGCAAGACUAUAAAUCUCUUCAAGAUAUCAUAGCUAUAUUGGGUAUGGAUGAAUUGUCUGAAGAAGAUAAGCUGACUGUAGCUCGAGCACGCAAAAUCCAGAGGUUCCUGUCACAGCCCUUCCAAGUGGCCGAAGUUUUCACAGGACAUGCUGGUAAGCUAGUGCCUCUAGAAGAAACCAUCAAGGGAUUCUCUAAAAUCUUACAAGGAGAGUAUGACCAUCUGCCUGAAGUUGCAUUUUACAUGGUAGGACCAAUUGAAGAAGUUAUUGCAAAGGCAGAAACUCUAGCUAAAAAUGCCUAACUUCUAUUAAAGCUUAAUACAUUUUUCUGCCAUCAUUACAAUUAUGUCUUUUAGAAGAUGAUAGAUAUACAUACAUUCAAAUCCAUUUAUAGAAUAUGUUGUUAAAUAUUAUAAUUUAUUAGAAACUUAAUUUUUUCAUUUUUUUAUGUCUAUAAAUUACAGAUCACCUGCCCAAAUACCUAAUUCCCUAGAUAUGACUUUAGCCAGAACUGUAAACAAUAAAAAUAUUUUAUUGACUUU